GUGACGUCACGAGAGCUCGCCCGUGUUCGUUCCAGCUGACCGUAGCCGCGAUUCCGCGAGCGCUCGUUUGACUGACUCGGAGCAGGCGACGGUUGACAACAUCAAGUAAAUAACGUCAGAGGAGAAAGAAAAACAAAAAACCGGUGCAGCAGAUCAUUCCUGUAUUGAGCCUAUUAAAGGACAGUCGAGUAGUAGAGCGUUAAAGAUUGGACGCUUUUUGUCGGCUGCGCGUCUUAGAGAGGAAAAAAAACCGUCGCACCACUGGCGUUAAUGGACGCCUGUCGUUUCCAGCUAAUUCGCUUUUUCGGGGAAUAUUUUUAUCCCGACCCGAAGAAGCCCCAGCUCAAAUUGGUGCCAAAUGUCAGCAAAUAAGCGGACUAAGCUACGGCGAACACGUCAAGACUCCGAGCUUCAAUUCGUUGCCUUCAACUUUUGUUGAUAUCAGAGACCAAGAAGCGUCCUGGGCGCCAGGUUUAAACCGUUUAAAGGCGGCGAGAAGCUGCGAUACUUGACGAGAAGAUGGAGCACAGUGCUACUGAAUAGAGAGAUCCUGAUAUCUGUUCGUAUAACUAUAAUAAUAAUAAUAAAAAAUAAUAAUGGAUUAAGCACUUUGGGAAAGCAUUCUGGAUGCGGUUUGAGGUGUAAACCCUCUCCUAUCCUCUUAUCAUCAAUGGUCAGCUGAGGGAUUCAUCCGGAAACACUUCCUCUCUAUCAUUCUCACUCACUAUAUAUAUAUAGAUAUAUAUAUAUAUAUAGAUAGAUAGAUAUAUAUAUAAUUUUUUUUUGUUUAAUUUCAAGUUGGUCGAUUGUGAUUUAAAAGUGAACCCAAGACAAGUAUAGUCAGGCUAUGUCCAGGCCUCUUUCUCAGCUUUUACCUCCUCCAGAUCUUCCCUCUGGAGGUAGUGCACAGUUUGGCCCUACUACUACAGCAGCCAACGGGCACCUGGGCUCAGUGGCCAGUCUCAAGUCUCUUCUCCAGCUUCCCAUUAAAGGAGACAGCAGAGGGAAAGACUGCUGUGAGAUGAUCGAUCAAGACAAACCGUUGGACUCGGAUGAGGACUCACUAGGUGGAAUUGGCACUGGGGCCAAUGGAUCUAUGCGCAGCUCGUCCCAGACGGCUUUCCUGGGUCCAUUGCUAUGGGAACGCGCUCUACCAUGUGAUGGUGGUUUAUUCCAGCGGCAGUUCAUGGACUUGGAGGAGUUCUUGACGGAGAACGGCAUGGGGUGCAUGCCACUGGGCAACACCUCCAGUGCUCAGGCCCUCAUCCCUUCGCAGAGCAUGCAAUCAGCCAUUCCAAGCCAGAGCUCCUCACCGUCUCCCAGAUCCUCCUCAGCCUCCUCCAUCUCUUCCCUCUCAUCUUCGUCGUCUUCGUCCUCCCUUCUGGGACUAGACGUGCCACAGGUCCCAACCCCAGGGAUGCUGGGAAGUCCUGAGUGUCUGCACGGUGGACAGGCCAUGCAGCAGGACCCAUCUCCCAGCUCCUCCUGCCCACCUCCACCAGUGCCCAGCUCAGGUGCCCCUGCGGCCGAUGUCAUGGUGAACUUUGACCCUGACCCUGCUGACCUGGCACUGUCCAGUGUACCGGGCCAGGAAGCGUUCGACCCACGGCGACAUCGCUUUUCUGAGGAGGAACUCAAGCCUCAGCCUAUGAUCAAGAAGGCUCGCAAAAUGUUGGUGCCCGACGAGCAGAAGGAUGAAAAGUACUGGAACCGACGUGUAAAGAACAACGAGGCGGCGAAGCGAUCACGUGAUGCACGGCGCCUUAAGGAGAACCAGAUAUCCGUCCGUGCUGCUUUCCUCGAGCGAGAGAAUGCGGCGCUCCGACAGGAAGUGGCUGAUAUGCGCAAAGAGCUUGGCCGCUGUCGCAACAUCAUCAACAAAUAUGAGAAUCGCCAUGGAGACUUAUGAAGAGGAGAAUUAAAGAGAAAAAGUAGAAGCAGCACGAUCUCUUGAAAAGGCAGUUUAAGGGCAGGGCUGUUAAACCACAAUCAGAAAUUUAGCAGACGUUUUCCUAAACAUGCACUACAGAUCAUGUUUCUUUAAACGUGUGGCAUUGUGCAUGGCUGCAACAAAUAGUUGCUAACAGCUCAGUAAUCCUAGUGAAAGGGAAUGCUCAGAAAGUCUAUAAGAAACACUGUUCACUUUCAUAUUGUUCUUUUCGGCUGUAAUACUACGCAAAACCCUAACGUUUGCCAUUUUAAGCUUGUGUACGUUUUUACAGGAAGUCGUCGACUCGAUAUACAGUGUUGCUAAGACUUUACGGGCAUUUCUUAUUCUUGUUAUUUCUUUCUUAGAAGAUUAUGCAGAUGACGCUGGCGAUAUUUUCUAUGACAAAAAAAAGACCUUGUAUAUUUUUGACACAGCAAAGGACAAUUAACACAGAAUAGAAGAAAGGGGAGCAGAGGAUAAGACGGCACAAAGAUUUAAGCAGGAAAAUUGUAUAUUUUUAUACUUACAGGUGCAGACAGGUAAAGAAAUUUUGGAAAUAAUUUUUUCCUCUAUAUUUAAUUUAUAUA